AUGGCCAUAUUUCUGCAGCUCCAGCAGCUUGUCGAGUGUGUUGUUCACGCAGCUGUCAGGUCUUAUGUCUUCGAACUUCCCACGGACGCUGCAGGAAGUGAUGGUCAGAGUAUUGGGAACUGCCCAUUCUCUCAGCGGCUCUUCAUGGUCCUGUGGCUGAAAGGCGUGACCUUUAAUGUGACUACUGUUGACAUGAAGAGGAAGCCAGACAUUCUUAAAGAUCUGGCCCCUGGUGCUCAGCCCCCUUUCCUGCUGUACGGUACAGAGGUGAAGACGGACACCAACAAGAUAGAAGAGUUCCUGGAGGAAACCCUCUGCCCUCCUAAAUACCCACGGCUGGCAGCUCGCAAUCCUGAAUCUAACACUGCAGGCCUUGAUGUGUUCUCCAAGUUUUCAGCCUACAUAAAGAAUUCAAACCCUCAGAUGAAUGAUAAUCUAGAGAAGGGUUUAUUGAAGGCCCUGAAGAAGUUGGAUGACUAUGUGAGCUCUCCUCUACCAGAUGAGAUCGAUGAGAACAGUGCUGAUGAUGUCACUUCCUCCACCCGCCCCUUCCUGGAUGGUCAGGAGUUCACUCUUGCCGACUGCAACUUGCUGCCAAAGCUACACAUUGUCAAAGUUGUGUGUCAGAAGUUUCGAGGUUUCUCCAUCCCUUGCUCUCUGACAUCUCUGUGGCGAUACCUGGAUGCAGCGUAUGCCAGAGAGGAAUUUUCCUCCACUUGCCCCAGCGAUGAGGAGAUACACGUGGCCUACUCUUCUGUUGUGAAGGCGCUCAAAUAGGAGGACACACACACAUUCUCUUUCCAGAUUGUCCUAGUGUUUCAAAUGUUUCCUUUAUGUCUCAAGCCCCUACAAUUGUUUGCACCAGUAGGGUUUUGAGGUCUCACUUUUAAACUAAAUGUGGUCUUAUAGUUCAUAUAGUUCAUAUUUUUUCAUGUUUCAUGUCAUGUGUACAAGUGCUUUGCUAGCAGUUACAAACAGGAUAUUGUUGCCUCCUGUCCCUUCCUCUCACUGUCAUUAUUUGGAUGAUGUAACAUGAGAGCUUUUCACUUAGAUCUUCUUAAGUCGCAUGCAUUUCAUAAACUGUCUCCAAGUUGUCCAAACUGCUCUUACAUAGAUUGAUAUGAUACAAAAUUAUACAAGUAUCCUAAAAGUACUCCUUACAAAUCAUGUUUUAUAUUGCCAAUCUUAUAAAGUUAUACCUUAUGUGAGAUGGACAAACUAAAAUAGAAGUAAUUAUUCACUGAAAAUCUUUUAAAUCAGGUACCGUCCCCAAACAACAGUCUUAUCUCGUAGUUGUAUGUGCAAAUCAGAGUCACUAGAACAGUACUUCUCAAACCUGUCCCGGGGACUCCCCACCACUGCACAUUUUGUACGUCUCCCUCAUCUAAAACAACUGAUUCAACUCAUCAGCUCAUUAGUACAGACUGCAAGACUUGAAUUGGUUGUGACUUGUAAGGGAAUAGUGCAAUGGUUUGAGAAGCACUACGUAUAAGCUUCCAUCCAAAUAUCACUGUCAAUGUCAAAACUGAAAACACUGUGUGAAGUUUAUGCAGGUUUGUUACUUUCUACAAGAGAAAACCAUUAAUGGCAGCAAGCAAAAAUUUUGUGGGCAUGAAAUUUUUUAUGUUUCAAGGAAAUACAAAAGGAAUUUACACUCAUCGGCCACUUAACCUUGCUAGUAUUUUGUCACCAGGCAGAAUGGAUCCACGCUUUCAUGUUGUUUACGCCAAUUUCUGCCCCUACGAUCUUGGACAGCAUAAAUUGAGACUCGUCAGACCAGACAAAUUUUUACCAAUCUUCUAUUGUCUAAUUUUGGUGCGCCUGUGUGAAUUGUAGCCAGGAUUGGCUGUGUAGCCCCUCUGCUUCAAGGUUCAGAGAUGCUCUUCUGCAUAGUUUAAUUGUUACAAAUGUUUAUUUGAGUUACUGUUGCCUUUCUAUCAGCUCGAUUUUAUUUAUUUUAUUUCAUCACUUAAAUCACCUUUCUUCCCCAUUCUGAUGCUUGAACUUCAGCAGAUCAUCUUGACCAUGUCUACAUGCCUAAAUGCAUUGAAUUGCUGCCAUGUGAUUGGUUGAGUAGAUAUUUGGAUUAACAAGCAGUUGAACAGGUGCACCUAAUAAAGUGACUGUGAGUGCUUAAAUGUGUGACUUUUUAAAUCGCCAAAAAAAGGAAGAAGAAAUGGGUGACUUUUUAGUAUUUAAUUUGAGUUUCAGUUUAAGUUUAGUCAUAGAAGUUGAUGGCAUUUUUUUUCAAGGGACCAUCAUUAACAGGUUUAAUGCUGUUUUAUGUUUUAGUCUAAUCUCCAUUCUUUAAAGGCUCUGUUUACACGAGAACAAUUCCGGGUGAAAACGUAAAAAUAUUUUUUCGGAUGUGCCUUUCGUUUACACGGCGACGGCAUUUUUAGGGCUUGAAAACGCAUAAAAGUGAAACCAACCUCCAGAGUGGAAAUCUUAAAAACGCUCCACUGUCGCGUUCCCGUGUGAACGGAAAAAAACGGAAAAGUCUGCUUGACUGUGAAGGUUGUACGCAGGCACGCGGGCUUGGUGUUGUUGUAGUAUGCACUCUUAGCCGCCUGGAGUGCAUACUACAUUGAAUUUCACAGACUUUUUUCGUCACCAUCUGCAUGCGGAUUUCCCACCCAAAACGCUCGUCUAAACGCAGAAUAAAAAGUGAUGACCCAACGCCACUUUUGCGUUUUCUCUUCAGAAUCGUUUCCGUGUAAACAUAGCUUCAGUUCAUGCAGUUUCCAAGAGGAUUUGUAUAUGUAGUAGGCUAGUAUCUGUAUACCCAGCCCUCUUCCUGUGCACUUCUGCUUUCACUUCCUCUUAACCGCUUAAUGCUCAUUUCCAAACAUCGUACUCUGCACUUAAAUGGACAACACAACAUCAAAUAUUGGUUUGUGGGGAUUUUAUUGAGUAGAUGAAUUUUACAAGUAUACAUUUUUCCUGCAUUUAUAAAAUUGUUAUUCAGCAGAUUAUAAUAAAGAUUAAAUAAAACA